CAGAGAGAUAAGGCCGGAGGCGAGAUCCCCGGGGGACAGAAAGAUGAACUUCGGAAACUCUGACUUGCUGGAUGUGUGGCUGGAGCCCCCAGAAGAUGUCUUCUCGACAGGAUCCUUCCUGGAGCUAGGACUCCACUGUCCUCCUCCAGAGGUCCCACUGACUAGGCAACAAGAACAGGGGCUGCAAGGCUGGACGUCCAGUGGGGGCCAUGGUUGUGGUCUUCAAGAGAGCGAGCCUGAAGACUUCCUGAAGCUUUUCAUUGAUCCGAACGAGGUGUACUGUUCAGAAGCAUCUCCUGGCAGUGAGAGUGGCAUCUCUGAGGACCCUGGCCAUCCAGACAGUCCCCCUGCCCCCAGAGCCCCCAGUUCCCCUGCCCUCUAUGAGGUUGUCUAUGAGGCAGGGGCCCUGGAGAGCAUGCAGGGGGAAGUUGGGCCAGCUGUAGGGCUCAUUUCCAUUCAGCUAGAUCAGUGGAGCCCUCCAUUUAUGAUGCCAGAUGCCUGCAUGGUCAGCGAGCUGCCCCUUGAUGCUCAUGCCCACAUCCUGCCCAGAGCAGGCACCAUAGCCCCAGCGCCUCCUGCAACCUUGCGCCCAUGUCAAACCUUGUUCCUGACUGAUGAAGAGAAGCAUCUGCUGGGGCAGGAAGGGGUCUCCCUGCCCUCUCACCUGCCCCUCACCAAGGCAGAGGAGAGAGUUCUCAAGAAGGUCAGAAGGAAAAUCCGAAACAAGCAGUCGGCCCAGGACAGUAGACGGAGGAAGAAAGAGUACAUUGAUGGGUUAGAGAGCAGGGUGGCUGCCUGUUCGGCACAGAACCAGGAACUACAGACCAAAGUGCAGGAGCUGGAGAGGCGCAACAUCUCCCUGGUGGCUCAGCUCCGCCAGCUGCAGACGCUCAUUGCUCAAACCUCCAACAAAGCUGCCCAGACCAGCACCUGUGUUCUGAUCCUUCUUUUUUCCCUGGUUCUCAUCAUCCUGCCCAGCCUCAGCCCCUUUCAGGGCCUACCAGAAGCUGGGCCUGAGGAUUACCAGCAUCAUGGAGUGGUUUCCAGAAAUAUCCUGACCCACAAGGACAUGCCAGAAAAUCUGGAGACCCUAUUGGUAGAGUCCAGACUGAGGGGGCCAUCUGGGGCCAAGGGUACAAAUGGCUCAAUGAGGACACGACCUGAGAAGAUGGCAGGCAAGACCGGCCCCAGCCGGCUCCUGAGAACUGUGCUGCAUGCGGAUGAGAUGUGAGCUGGAGCUGGGACGGCCGUCCUUCCUGGCCCACUUCCCAGUUGCCAUAAGGACUCCAGGCUUUUCUAUAGUGCUGCCUCCUCCUGGGAUUCUCCCUCAGAAGUCUUUGCCCUCAGGGGUCUGAACCACUUCAGGACUGCCUAUGUGAAGCUGGCACCUCAAUACUGUUGUUAUGUAUCUGUGAUUUUAUUUCUUCUUGGGGGAGGGCGUUGAGGGAAAACUGAAGUUUUCGAUGAGAAAUAAACUUUUCAGCUGAAAUUGUAUCCAGGGAGUUCUAAAUAAGUAGUAGAGGGAAUAUAGGUACUUGGUAAACUAGGGCCUAAAAUUGCCACCCUGUUCCCCUCUCUGCCCCCCAUGACUUCCUG